CAAACCCGCGAGCGACCAGCGUGCCCCCUCCCUUCGCCACCGCGGCGCGAGCUCCUCCGCAACUGCCCGUCCCCGUCCCUCGAGACCCGUUGUAACCGCCUGGUAGCAGACAAUAGUGACACUGACAGUCUCGCCGCUGCUGGGGACAGAGCCGGAGCAUCCCCGCCCUGGAGAAGGAGUGAGCGCUGCGGCCACAGAAGCAUUUUCUUUGAAUAAGAAGUCAUCCUCAAAAUAAUCUCAAACCAUACAAUGGCCUCAGCUGUAAUCAGUUCAGUUCCCACUACUGCAUCUCGCUUUGCUCUAUUACAAGUGGAUAGUGGUAGUGGUUCUGAUUCAGAGACUGGAAAGGGAAGAAGUGGUCGAGGUGCUGGGAAGUCUCAAGCUUCAGGGGGAAAAUCAACUACAAAUGAGAAGAAGAAAGAAAAGAGGAGAAAAAAGAAGGAACAGCAGCAGAGCGAGGCUAAUGAGCUCCGAAAUCUUGCUUUUAAAAAGAUUCCUCAGAAAUCCUCCCAUGGAGGCUGUCUGUCUCAACAUGAACAAACAUUGCACAGCCCAGGGCAGAAAGACUCUCAGGAAGAAAAUUGGCAAGAGUGGAGACAAAGAGAUGAACAGCUGACAUCUGAAAUGUUUGAAGCAGAUCUUGAAAAGGCAUUACUGCUAAGCAAACUGGAAUAUGAAGAGCACAAAAAGGACUCUGAAAAUGCUUCACCUCCCUCAAAGUCGGUGAAUAAGAAAGAGAAAAGAAAGAACCAGCAGGGAAAAGACAAACCUCUCACAGUGUCUCUCAAAGACUUUCAGUCUGACAUUAAUAUAGAUCCCCUUGCUAAAAAACACGAGGAACUGAGCUCUUCCCAGACUUUAUUGCAUGAUGGAGGAUUCUUCAAUAGACUGGAAGAUGAUGUUCAUAAAAUACUUAUUAGAGAAAAAAGGAGAGACCAACUCACAGAUUACAAUGGAGUGGAUAACUGUACAUCUCAUGAACAUAGUCAGGAGGUUGUUUUGAAAGAUGGAAAAACAGAACGAUUAAAGUUGGAACUUGAAAAGAAAGAUACAGAAAUUCAGCAACUGAAAAGCAUCAUUACUCAAUGGGAGGUGAAGUAUAAAGAAGUAAAAGCAAGAAAUGCACAGCUGUUGAAAAUGCUACAGGAAGGUGAAAUGAAAGACAAAGCAGAAAUACUUCUACAGGUUGAUGAAUCUCAGAGUAUCAAGAAUGAGUUGACCUUACAGGUGACUACACUUCAUGCUGCAUUAGAACAAGAAAGAUCUAAAGUAAAAUUAUUACAAGCAGAACUAACAAAAUAUCAGGGUGGGAGAAAAGGGAAAAGAAACUCAGAAUCUGACCAAUGCAGGUGAUUAUACUUGCCAUCAAGUUGAAAGCAAAAAAUCAAAUCUUGUUCUUCAGGGUUUUGCAAAAUGUAUAUAUUUGUUGUACACUGCAAAGCUAUGCAGUUUUUUUUGAAAGAAGCUAACAAUUACUAGUUUGACUGACAUUCUAAAUAGUUAAUUUGUUGCACUUUCUGUUAGUUUAAAGAAAAAAAGUAGAGAACUGUUCCAGCAGAGCCCAAACAUUGUUGCUGUUAAUGCCAUAAUUAGUUUUUCAUCAGUUAAUAAAAUUUACUCUUUCAUUUGUAUGUCUAAAUUCUUGCUUUUUAGAAUAGGUUGCAUCAUUACAUCUAUUUAAAGAUCAACAUUUCUAAUUCCGCUAAAAUUGACAAGCUUAGUUGGAUUUCUUUUGAAAUUAAAUGUGUUUUAGAAGGGUGCAGUAUAGGAUUAGUGACCUAAAUUUGGCGUUGUUUGAGACAUGUUUUCCAGAUACAAGCCCCAGAAAAUA